AAGAUUGACGUUAGCGUUCAGUCUUCCCGUUUGUUAUACACGGUGCGGUUGUUUGUAUCAGAAACAGAUUAUUGUGAAUUUAUUGAUAUCAAGGAAGUUUUUUUUUUUAAUUUUGUAUUUGCGAUUUUUAUUUUGCCAUUAUAUACACAUUCGCCAAAAUAUACGGAAAAUGCUGCGCUGACGGUGAAAGUUAUGUUUUACAGAUGCAGCUGAACUCGCUAUCCCGUUCGGCCAUCGUGAUCAUCUUUAUUUCCGCCUGGAAUAUCAUAGCUUCCGCCGACUACAAGAUACUUCCGAUUACCUUCGAUUACAUCGCCAGACCAAAUAAUCCAAGAUGUUUUUCCAAGCAAAGAAGAUUUCAUCUCGAUAAGGAAGCAGAAGUCCUGUUAUCCGUAAAUAUAACUGAGAACAGGAAUUCAAAAAGGUAUUUAGAAUCCUUAAUUAUACCAAGAUUAGACGUUGCUGCUAUCCUGCGAGAAAAUCUUGUGAGAGUCCUUGGCCAAGUUUUGCUUCUACCUGUAGAUAAAGAGUCCAGAGUGUCCUGCGAGAGGAUUCAAGAAGCUUUACAAAGUCAUCAUAUAUCAAUUUAUGAUAUCCUGCCUAUAAUUUCAAUUAUUUAUCAAAGGACACCAAAACAGCAGCUACACAUAAUUCUCCAGAUCCUGGAAAGGAUCGACAGUAGCUUUGUUUCCGGUUAUGCGAGCCUGUGCAAGGAUGCUCUGUCUGAUGGGAGGUUAAAUUUUGAUUCUAUCACUAUGGAUCUACUAGUGGGAAUAGAUAAGGAUAUUUUUAGAUCCUUAAUUUUUUAUAACGACCGAAAUGGAAGAAGAUAUGUACCUUUGACCCUUGAGGAUGCUAUGCGAUUAAUCAUGAAAGGACUUCGCGAGGAGCGAAUAAGACUUAACUUUAAAAUAAUAGCCGCAAUUAUUCCACAUUUGAAAAAUUUUGAUCUGACCAAUCCUGAAAUUCCUGACGCCAUUAAAUUUGUUGUGGAUUAUAUGAAGGAUUCCACGAAAUCCCAUGAUUCACUUUUGGAAUAUAUCGGAGAGGAUCAAUUGGAUAAUCCUUCAAGUCUAGUCAGAAUCGUAUUGGAAAGAAUGGAGAUGUCUGAGGAAUUAACUUUGCCUUUUUUAAAAGAAUCGAUAAGCCUGUUAAUGGACAACUUUGACGUUGCAUAUCGUCGUCCUGUAUGGAAAGACGAACCUACGAAAAUUUUUCAAAUCGUCGUACCCGAUUUUUAUCCUGGCAGUAUCGUGAAAAUAGCCAGAUAUAUCAAAGAUAAAUUUAACAAUACCGUGAGUUAUGUCGUCGACAGAACUUUUUAUCGCAAGAAUACGGAAAUCCUGUUGGCAAUAUUGUUACGUCUGAACAAUGAAGUUGUCCUGCCAGAAUUCAUGCAAGGACACAUUCUAGCCUUGAGAUCCUUUGUGUCUCGAAAAUUUGAAGAGAAUACUCAAAAAGGAUCAACCAUAGCGGAUUACUUUUAUAUGAUCAAAAAUUUUGAGUCCUUCCGCGCACCCUGCAUGCCAAAAAGGAUCUUGGAAGCUGAAGGACGACUUCGUCCUUUAUUACCAAAUGUUCUACCCUGGUCAUUUGCAUUGCCGCCAGGAAAUCCUUGGCAACAGACAUUAAAAAUAUUGAUAAACUUAAAAAGUCAAUCAAUUCCAAAGAAAGUAAAUUUCGAGCUAGACAAUUUUAUAUAUCAUGUACAGUCCAGUGGUCUUUUAGGUAAAUCAAAUAUUCUCUAUGAAGACGGAAUAAUAUUUCAACGUGAUGAUUCAUUAGAAGUUGAAUUGGAUAUAUAUUCACUUUUACUGAGAAUCCCAAACAUCUUCAGAGACGAGAGAUACAGUCCACUGAUAUCCUUCUUGACAAAAUUAAAUAUCGUCGACUACCUUGGUCCAAGAUUCAAUGAAUUUGCAUACGCAAAACCGCGACAGCUGCUUCUUGCUUUAUUAAAAACAGCCUUUUCGACUGCUGCUGUGCAACAGGAACAAAAAUUGAGAAGAGCAUUGUUCGUAGCGCAAAGUUACUUGGAGGAACCGAUCUUAAUAAAUAUGUAUAUAUCACGUGACUUGCAAAAUAUUCUCAAAUCACUUCCGGCAAUUGAAAAUAACCCAAGACUAAUCCCUCUGAAGUUGCUUUUCCGUGAAGAAAAUUUAUUUAAAUAUAUGUCCCCUGGGUUUAGUUUAGCCGGUCUGAAGUCACCUUUAGAACAGGUUGCUCUAAUAUUGAAUACCGUAAACCUAAAGCCAGUACCACAGCCAUUGGGAGAGUCCAUUAAGCUUGCUCUGAAUGCCAUGGAAGGUCAUCCAUUGCCAUGGAGGUCCUUCAUGCAAGAGGAUUUUAUUUAUCUCGUCAACGAACUGUUGUCUCGGAAUAAAAAAAUAAAAACUUAUCUGCUGAAGGCAACGCCGUAUAAAAAGGUAUCCGAUUGGAAUUUGACAUCGAGUGGAACGCCUGAAAAUAUUUUGGCGAGAGCCCUGAGGUAUCCCGUAGAGAAUAUAUCACGGGACCCAAAGUUAGCCAGGACGAUAAACAAUGCCAUAACGAUCCUUGAAGGAGAGAGUAGGCAGGACUUUGAACUUUUGACUAAAAAAAUGUUGGAUUCUAUGUUAGAAUAUUUACCGGACAGCGUGGAUACAAGAGUCGUGAAUCUCCUAUUGAAAAAGUCCAAUCUGGCCAUGAUUAAUACAACAUUCAACAUCUCCUCUUUAAACGAUCUAGAUCCAAAGACGGCCUUGAUUAACCUAUUGGAAAAUUUAACAAAAUCCAAGGAAAUUCAGACUGAGGAGUUACUCAUUAUAAAACUUAAAACUGCUUUGAGUUCUGUUAAAAAAUUUAAAAAAUCAUCCAACCAUAGUGUAUUUGAUAUAUAUUUAAAGAAAGUCCUUACGAAUCCUGCUGAUAAAAAAUAUGAAGCUCUUUUUGAAAAAUUAAGAAAAAUGAACGGAACUGAAGUUUUACCUUUGGAACGAGAAUCCAUGUUACGAACUUAUUUAAUCAUGAUAAAAGACAAUAGUACGACUUCUGAAUUAAGAAAUGCAGCGAAAUCAGCGUUGCGCGAAUUAUCUAUCGAACGAAGUAACGUGUCGAGUGUAAACCUGACUUUGAAAAAUUUCAACUUUUUUCUCAGACAGUUAGAAAAAAGCUCUCAGGUAGAGUCCAAUGAAGAAUUCAUAAGACAAAUCUUGAUGCACGUACCGAACACUAUAACUUUCAACGAGAUACGCCAAUUCGUAAGGUCCGGUCGAGUCUUCGAAUUUCUGCCGAAAGGAUUCAAUAUGGAAAAGCACUCUUUACCCCAGGAAAAGCUCGUUCAUGUUCUCGAAACUGUGCAGCGUGGUUUACAGCUCGGCAGUUCGCUUUAUAGGUCCAUGAGGCACUUAAAUCGUCACCUGUUGGACCAACUACGUGUUAUUCAAGAAAUUGAUGUAGAGAGCUUACGUAAUAUACUAAACGAGUUGUCGGUCAAUCGAGAUCUGAUAGCACUGAAGUUAUUUUUCAAUACUGACUAUUUAGCCAAGUAUUUACCGCGAAAGUUCAGACUCAAAAAUCACAAGAAUCCUCGCAGAGCACUCGUGGCCAUUUUGGAAAUAUUCGUUACAGUCCCUUCUGUCAGGAAACGCACUGAACUAUAUAACGCAAUUUUAUACGUGAAACUGAUUUUGAACGAAGAGUUAAUGAAGCGAAAUACACGGAAGCUUUUGUUGACGAAAAGACUGAAGGAAGAAGAAUUUAAUUUUGUUUUAGCACUUUCUGUACGGUCAAGCUACGUGAAAGAUUUGUUAUCGCCAAGGAGUUUGGUACGAGUGUUGCCGGUAACCUUUAAUUUUUCUGGUAUGAAAACAUUCAAAGCCAAAACUGUGCAUUUGCUGAAAGCUUUGAUAAAGACCCAGAGGUCGCUAAGGACGGAUUUGCGAAAAUUACUUGAGGAAGUGCAAUCUUAUCCGAAUAUUUUGAAAAUUAAGGACGAAGAGCUUCAACCGUUGAUUAGCUUAAUUCCAGAUAGUGGUAUACCGGAUCUGCCUCUACUUAAAUAUAAUUUAAAAGCUAAUAAAUUGGCAAGCAUAUUACCGAGUAAUUAUAUAAUAAAAAGGAACAAGACACCCAAAGAUAAUUUACAAGAAAUUUUAUAUUUCCUUAAUUACACUUUGGAUAAAAGUGAAGUCAGAUUAAAGAAAGUUGUUUUUGCUGUUUGGUCGGAAUUGCAUAAGAAGAAUCCGAAAAUAUUUCGCGUGCAUGUGAAUAUCAGUCUCGAUGACGUUCAAUCUUUAUUGUUGGAAAUUCCAUUUCACAAACACAAAGAUCUUGAAAUCUUGAAAUUUCUGUUAAACGAACAUAAAAUCCUUGCAAUUUUACCACAAAAUUUUUCUUUGAGCCAAUGCAAAACAAAGAAAUCCUGUCUGCUUACAAUUUUGGAAACAGUUAUGAAGAGACCUGAAGCCAAAAAUGUCAUUCAGGGUUUAAACAAAGCUAAGAAUAUAAUACAUCUCAUGCCUGACACUCCGAAAAUCAACAAUACUGAAAUCAAAAAUCUGUUCUCGAUGAUAAUUCAAAAUGAAAAACAAUUGCAACAUGUCUUGUCAUCCUGUCAAACAAAGAAUCUUUUCUUGCAUCUGCCAAUCAACUUCAACCUACAAGCACUGAGUUCGCGCAAGAAAAAAAUUCUAGCUAUAGUCUACAAUUGCAAACAAGUAAAAUUAAAUACUUUCGUUGUUAACAAAUUAUUGAAGAAAAUUGAACAGACAGCCAAGAAAUUACCGGAUGUGGAUCUAACGAGAGAAGAUAUUGAAAAUAUCAUCAAUGAAAUACCUUAUACGAGCUUCUCGAUAAUCAAAAUUCUUCUGGUUUUCCUCGCCAAAUCUAAUAUCAUCGAAUUGCUUCCAUGGAAUUUGAAUCUAGAAAUCCAAGCCACAUGGAAAUUAAAAGCAUUGACUUUGAUCAAAACAAUGAAGAAAAUUGCAUCAUUCGAAAACGAAAAAAUGAUGGCGGCCAUGACCGAUCUUGAAGAAAAUAUUAAAAAAUUGCCUAACGAACCGCGUCUAACGCAACAAGAUUUAACUUCACUGCGGAAGCUAUCGGUUCUCCAAGACAUUAAAGCGCAGGAUAUUUUGAAAUUUUUAUCUCUGAAAUAUCUUCUUAAAGUUGUACCAAGUACUGUCAACAUACAAGAAUUAACAUUCGAUUUUACCAAGUUAACCAUAAUAUUGCAUUACAUUAACAGAUUGGGUCCUGUUAUGCAAAAAGAUAUUAAUAAAUCCCUAAAGUUCGUGGAACAUAACUUGACAAAAGGUGCUGAGCAAGAGGCUUUGAAUUUUUUGAAAAUUCAGAUCAAUCAGAAUGAGAACAAAUUUCUGCCCUUGAAAUUGCAUUUGAUGGCGAACAAUGAAAAGUUUUUCGCGUUCCUUAGUGAUAUUUCACACGGUUACGAGUAUCAAUAUAUUGUGGCCAGAGUUCGCGUGAUAUUAAAGCGCUUGCUGACCAGUCGUGACAUUCAAAAAAGUAAAUCUUUGGUAGAAUCAAUGGAAGCGCUAGUAUUCCAGUUAUCGACAGGACCUCCAGCUGAUUAUGACAUACAAGAGGCCUUAGAAGAACUUCCUAUUUCUACUAAAUAUCUGGAAUUGCGAAUUCUAUUGAAAUCUAGCAAUUACAAGAAAUUGUUUGGUAAUAUUAUGCUAACCCAGGAGCACACCCCUAAAAGGAUUUUAUUGGAUAUGUUAAAGAUGGUUGUUAAGGUAGAACAGGAUACUGAUAUCCUUCAGAUCAUUGGGAACUUAAUAAAAGAGGUACAAAAUUCAGUAUGGAAUUUUGAAUUUGAAGAGAUGUUUAAAGAAUUGUUAAAUUAUGCUAAGCAUAUGAGUAAAUUAGAAAGUAUUAGAUCCUACUGGAUCCAUGUAGGUCCUGAACAGAUUCUGGGUAAGGAUUAUCAUACUAAAUACCCUAAAAUAUCUGAUAGGCUCAAAAUACUUUACGAAAGGAUAACAGUAGACCAAGAGGUGGACGGUAAUAAAAAACUUAAAGAAUCCGUGAACUAUUUGCAUGUGAUACUCAAAGGUGGAGAGGUUACCGACCGGACAAUUUCCCUUGAAAAGGACAUCAAUGAAAUCAAUGCAAAGACGUUAUUCGUGGUACUGCCAAAAACUAGAGACGAGGGGAUCAUUCUGGGUAUUUUGAAAUUCUUUGCAAUUCCAAAUCUGAUGCAGAAAAUAAAGCUUUCUAAGAAUUAUAGCCAGUAUGAGAAUAAAGGAUCCUUGAUGCAGGCUAUAUUGAAAAGUGGAUUGAGUCUAGACGUAGUCAGAGAGGAUUCUAGAAUGCGAAAAUCAUUAGAAUAUUUCAUUGACAAGAUCCGAUUCGAUGGUCCUGGUGGUCGACCAAUAGAGUUCAAAAAAUUAAUCAAAGACAUGCAGAUCGAUAUGAUAGGUCUGCUUAAAGCGGUUGAUCCCAAAGCCGUGAACAUUUCCAUGGUAGUGAAAAUGGGAAGAUUUUUCGAAGACGAAUACAAUGAUCAUAUACACGGUAUUGGAUUUGACAAGACAGUUCACAAAUCACGUGGUGAAUAUCUUAAAGCUUUAUUGGAACACUUGAUACAUCACACUGAUGUACCCAAUGAUAUAAAGGAUUGCGCAAAAAAUAUAUAUCAAGCUGUAAAGCUCAAUGGAAGCGGUGCAGAACGAGUCGAUGUCAAUGAAGAGAUCAUACCUGAUAAUAGAGUUUUUGGAAAUGAUUUCGAUGAAUUUGAGACAACUGAAAAAUCGACAAAUGAUCUACAUACGAUUUUUUCACAUCUUCAACCAGAAUCGUCCACUGACUUAUGGGACGUACUAGUUCCGACUGAUGUACAUUCGAGUAGUACUAUUUCACAUCCAAUAAAGAAGAAGUCUAAGAAGCGAAAGAAAAACCAUGAAUCACGAAAUGAUAUGAAAUCAAAAAAUGUAAAUUUGAAAAAUAAUGCGGUAUCAGAAAAUAUGACUAUUGACAAUAAUAAAGUUGGCACGUUAUCUAAUAUAACACUUAAAGCUCAGACCCAGUUUAGAAGAAGCAUAAGGCAAGUCGCAAGAAAUGGAAGUAGUAGGAAUAGAAAUUAUGAAGAAAGUUCAAUCAAUCAUGAUCCAGAAUCCGCAACCUUUCAUCCCGACGAGAUUCUCUUUGAUCCCAAAGAUAUAACUGAUGAUCCUUCCUUAAGAAUAAUACCGGAUGUACGGAAGCUGAUCACUUUUAAGGAGGCUGAGUCCUUAUACAAGCGGAAGCGAGGUCCUGUGAAACCCAUGAGGGUUCGUUCUAACGAACUUCCUGCUACUGUAGAAGAGAUUAAGGUCGUCUCACACGGAACGCGUAAAGAUCAGAAAGUAGUGGACCUUGAGACUAGGAUGCUGUUCGUCCGACCAAUCACGAUGGAUCCAUAUAAAAAGAACAAGACGGUAAAGAAGGAUUUGAGUAAGAUUAUCAUCCCCCAAAAUAAGAUGAUUUGUCAGGAUACGAUAAAGCAUAACGUAACUGAAUCAAGGAACAAAAAUACAUCCUCGAAAGUAAAAACAAUGAAAAUUCACAAACGAGUUUGAAAAAAAAAGUGUCCUGAAUGCAGUAAACGAAGAAAUCGUAUACAACAGGAUAUAAUGAUGAAAAAUAUAUAUACAGAUCUUCAGCAUAGACGAAUCUACAGUGUGUUUAAAAUAAUUUAUAAAUAAGAACAACGCUUGUACUAUCGUUAAAGAUUUAUUUCAUAAUAUUACACCAACAACUAUUAUUGAAUUUUAAUAAUAAUAAUUCCUUAUCGUGUUAAAAAUGCGAAUAAACACUUAUUUAAUAAUA